GGAGCUGGACGCAAGACGAGAUCGCACGCUGCGCAUUCACAAUGGCGACCAGUUUAGGCGUUACCCUACUCUUCUUUUCAGCGCUGCCACUGCUCGGCAGAUGCGAGCUGAAGCUAAACCCGGGCUGCAAGGUGGAGACGCUGAGGGCUUGCGGUGACGACUUCAUACCUUACAAGAAAGGGCCACACCUCCACGAGUCCGGACAAGAGUUUGACGAAGGAUGCAAAAAGGACAAGACGCAGCUUCCUUGCACUAUCAAGUUCAUCAACGAUUGCACGGAAGGACUGUCGAAAGCCGCGGCACUGGUGGCAGUAAAGGCUCUGGAAGAGAACGUCGAGGCUGCCUGCGCCGUGGGCUCAGAUGCGUACAACAGAUACCAGAAAGCCAUCAAGUGCAUGAAUUCUCAAGGCGAGAAACUCCAUAAGUGCAUCUCGAACUUCCAAGGUGUUUUGGAACGUGCAGUGGUGAAGGCACCUUCGAAGGAAGUGAUUCAUUACACCUGCUGCUCCUAUUCUCAAACGGUGGACUGCCUGACUGAUGCACUGGCACCAUGCAAGAGCGUCGGCGCCCAGGAUUAUAUAGUCGGAAUCGUCGAGCAGAUGUUUGGUGAGACGCUCAACCUGGUCUGCGGUAAAUACAAGAAAGGCUCAGCUGAAUGCAAGUCCCUACCACAGCUUCCACGUCUUGGCGCCAACGACCGAAGGCUGGACAACAUCGUCGAAAUCCUCUUGGAAACCGCCAACACACUGGGGCGGAAAAACUAGAUUAUCGUCGUUAUGUAAAUAGAUUUGUUUAGCUCACGCGAAAGCAAGUGCGGAAGUGCAACUAGUCGUAAAGGUCACGUGCAUUUCUGUGACUUUUACAUACCAUUGUUUUUUUUCUAGACCUUAACUUGACGAAAAAGGCAUAUUUGGUAUUUCAUCCACAGGCACAUUUGGCAAUCAUCCCAGCAUUGUGUUCACAUUUUGUUUCGUACACAUCAUUUUAGCGCACGUUACAUAGAACAGAGCAAAAUUCUCCUGUAUCUUCUUGUUUACACAAACAAUCCGCGUGUACUCAUCUAAGUACCUUAAACGGCAUGGUAAUCAGUACCUACCGAACAAAAAUAAAAUAUUCUGGAUGCACAGGUGAAGAAA